UGUGAAACACCCAGAUAGCCAUAUAAACGGGGAAGCCUGAAAGACGUGUAUACCAAAAACAGAGCCUGCCUCUUGUUACAAUAAGGCAGAAAGAAGGAUAAGAAUGAAGACCCUUCCGUUUUUGCUAUUACUAUAUGUGACAUUUUCUUAUGCUUUUCCUGUGCUUCCAGAAAAAGACAAUGAAGGAGAAAAUACGCAGCUUGUACAGGAGUAUCUACAGAAAUUUUAUGAGCUUCAACCAGAUCCAGAGCACCUAGCAUGGAGGAGGAGCAGUAGCUCUGUGAUAGAAAAAAUUAAAAAAAUGCAAGAAUUUUUUGGGUUGGAAGUGACUGGGAAGCCAGAUCCUGAGACUUUAGAAGUGAUGCAGAAACCCAGAUGUGGAGUUCCUGAUGUUGGACAGUAUGGUGUCAUUCUCCCAGGAUGGAAAAAAACCAAACUGACAUAUAGAAUUGUGAACUACACUCCAGAUAUGACACGAGCUGAUGUGGAUAAAGCAAUCCAAAAAGCGUUUAAAGUAUGGAGCACUGUGUCCCCACUGACUUUCACUAGGAUUCAUAAAGGGAUCGCGGAUAUAAUGAUUGCUUUCGGGUCUAGAGCUCAUGGUCGCUGUCCUCGUUAUUUUGAUGGACCCCUGGGUGUUCUUGGCCACGCCUUUCCACCUGGCAAUGGUAUUGGGGGGGAUGUCCACUUUGAUGAAGAUGAACAAUGGACAGACGGCUCUGCUGGGUUCAACUUGUUUCUUGUUGCUGCUCAUGAGUUUGGUCACGCGCUGGGUCUCUCCCAUUCCACUGACACUAGAGCCUUAAUGUUCCCAAAUUAUGCCUACGUCAACCCCUCUGAAUUCCCACUCUCCCCAGAUGAUAUCAAUGGCAUACAGGCCAUUUAUGGACCCUCAUCUAAGCCCCCGGAGGAGCCAUCCAAACCUACAUCACCUAAAACCUGUGAUCCCAUGGUGUCUUUUGAUGCUAUCUCUACCCUUCGCAGAGAAGUCAUGUUUUUUAAAGACAGGCACUUAUGGCGAGUCUAUCCUGGUAAUUCUGAAGUUGAACUUGAAUUAAUUUCUACAUUCUGGCCUUUUCUGCCAUCUGGUAUUCAAGCUGCUUAUGAAAAUAUUAAAGAUCAGGUUCUGUUUUUCAGAGGGAAUCAUUUCUGGGUUAUCAAUGGGUAUCAGGUGCUUCCUGGUUAUCCUAAGAACAUCAACACAUUGGGUUUCCCAAGGAGUGUUAAGAAAAUUGAUGCAGCUGUUUCUAAUAAAAAUACAGGAAAAACAGACUUUUUUGUAGGUGACAAAUAUUGGAGGUAUGAGGAAAGCAGUCAAUCCAUGGAAAAGGGCUAUCCAAGACAGAUAACAGACGAUUUUCCAGGAAUUGGUGAGAGAGUUGAUGCUGUUUUCCAGCACAAUGGAUUUUUCUACUUUUUCCAUGGAUCAAAGCAAUGGGAGUUUGACCCUAAAUCUAAGAGAGUUAUUCGUGUGAUGAAGAGCAACAGCUGGUUUAACUGUUAAGAUUAAACAUCACCAUAUGCAAUGUAAGAAAAGAAAGUCUAGCUAGCUAGUUUUCUAUAAAAUCACUCACCACUGUGAUACUGAAGCACAAAAAUAUUGGAUAACAAUAGGGCUGAUUUUUCAUACAUGUCUAAGGGCACAUCUACACUACACAGUAGAUCGACAGUCCAGAGUUGAUCAUCUGGCGUUUGAUUUAGUGAAUCAACUAUGUGCCUGUACGUCAUAUGCUGAGGGCAGUUCCUGCCAGUGCCUACUACUCCUCCUUUCGUGAGGAGUAAGGGAAGCCAAAAGAGUGUUUGCUCCCGUCAGCCUCCCACUAUGUGCACAGUGCAGAAACAUCAUUUAAUAUAUGUCAACUCCAGCUGUGUAAUUAAUAUAACCGGUGUAUCUUAUUUUGACCUUCUGCUGUAGUUUAGACCAAGCCUAAAUGUUUUAAUUUUCAGUAUUGUUCAUAUCAAUUGUAUGUCCAAUAACCAAAGCAGAGCUAUAAUCUUCCAUUUCUUUUCAAGAUAAAAUGCAACAUAUUGAUGUGUAUUUAUAUGCUGGAUUGACUUCCCAGUGU